AUGGCGACUGACCCAAUGAAAAACCGCAUGCAUGUCUUCAAGAAUACUGGUAAAGAUGUCGAUGAGAUGCGAAGGCGAAGGAAUGAAGUGACAGUAGAAUUACGAAAAAAUAAACGAGAGGAAACGCUGCAAAAGCGCCGCAAUGUUCCUAUUAGUGAUUCUACUGACGAAGAUGAAGUUGAACGGACCACGAACCUUCACGAGCUAGUGAUCAAUGCGGCCAAAGCAGACAAUCCUGAAAUCCAACUAGCUGCCGUGCAACAAUGUCGAAAGCUAUUGUCCUCAGACAAAAACCCUCCGAUUGACGAGCUGAUCGCAGCUGGCAUCCUUCCCAUCUUAGUCCAGUGUCUUUCGAGAGCUGACAACCCAACUCUUCAGUUUGAGGCAGCUUGGGCCUUGACGAAUAUUGCAUCGGGAACUUCGGCACAGACCAACAAAGUAGUUCAUGCGGGCGCUGUUCCUCUAUUCCUACAAUUACUUAUGUCUCCACAUGAGAAUGUAUGUGAGCAGGCUGUAUGGGCUUUAGGUAACAUUAUUGGAGAUGGUCCAAUGCUUAGGGAUUUAGUGGUAGAGCUUGGGGUGGUUAAGCCAUUACUGAGCUUUAUCAAACCAAACAUCCCCAUUACAUUCUUGCGUAACGUAACAUGGGUAAUAGUGAACCUUUGUAGGAGUAAGGAUCCACCACCACCAGUUAAGACAAUCCAGGAAAUUCUUCCGGCUCUCAAUGUACUUAUCACACAUUCAGACAUGAAUAUCUUAGUGGACACAGUGUGGGCAAUCAGCUAUUUAACUGAUGGAGGCAAUGAGCAAAUCCAAAUGGUGAUUGAGUCUGGCAUUGUUCCCAAGUUGAUCCCACUACUAUCCCACAAAGAGAUGAAAGCCCAGACAGCGGCAUUAAGAGCUGUUGGUAACAUUGUGACUGGUACAGAUGAACAAACACAGGUUGUGCUCAACUGUGAUGCUUUAUCACACUUCCCUGCGUUAUUGUCCCAUUCGAAAGAAAAAAUAUGCAAAGAGGCUGUGUGGUUCUUGUCGAAUGUGACAGCGGGUAACAAACAGCAAGUACAAGCGGUAAUUGAUGCUGGUUUACUGCCGAAGAUUGUAGAGAACCUUAGCAAAGGAGAGUUUCAGACUCAAAAAGAGGCCGCCUGGGCCGUUUCCAACUUGAGUAUUAGUGGUACAAAGGAGCAAGUGGCCGCUCUCAUUAACUGUGGCGUCAUACCUCCUUUCUGCAACUUGCUGAGCUGCAAGGAUACGCAAGUUAUCAGUGUGGUCCUUGAUGGACUGAGCAAUAUGCUAAAGAUGGCGGGUGAGAAUGUGGAACAAGUAGCCAACAUGAUAGAGGAGUGUGGUGGCAUUGAUAAGAUUGAAGAGCUGCAAGGCCACGAGAAGAUGGAGAUCUACAAGAUGGCCUAUGAUAUUGUAGAGCAAUACUUUGCUGGAGAGGAGGAGGACGCGUCGUUAGCGCCAGCGGCGGCGGACGCGGGCUUCCAGUUCGACCCGGCGGCCGGCGCGCCCAACGCCGCCUUCCGCUUCUGA